AUCUUGAAUCGAUGCACCUAAUCUUAAUCGGAUUCUUAUUUCUUUACUAACAGUCCCGUAAGGUCUGUUGACCUAAUGCUUCGUUGUCCGAAUCUCACCGUAAUCAAUUUGCGCAUACCUCAUUCUGAACUUUACUGUUUCCGAAUCCGGCUGGCGGAUGGCAUAACUUCGAACCUUCAAAGGCACCAGUGAUGCCUCGCGGGCUCCAAACAUACUAACGCUUUGAAGUAAAUCCCGCUGUCGCGAGAGCGAUUCAUCCAUCUCACUAAGAAACCGAUGCUCAUCUUUGGCGCCAAUCUGCAGAUUCCAGAAUCGACGGAGUCGAAACAAUUUAUCGUAGGCAGCAGGGGUAUAUCGCAGCUCCGUAAGCAGUCGCGCGACCUUGCGUGUUUGGAUAAGCUCCGUCUAUUCGAGGCUUCACCUAUUCUCAGGUGGUUUUCCUGUAGAGUAAACCUGGCGUAUCGGCUUGAGAACGUUUAUUAUUCGCACGAACCGAGACCUGGCUAAUCAAUGCAUUUGAUCGAUGUCAUAAAGGUCACAUUGCUCCUUGUCGGCUGACAACUCGGUGUUGAGCGCUGCAACUUUGCCUUUGAAUGCCCUCACACUGUGGGGACUACUACCCUUUCUGGAUACAGCUGCAGAAAACGACGUCCGCUUUUUGCUGGAUGCGUCUUUAAGUAUUUUGCAGUCUUAUGGAAUCUCUACACUAAGCGCUUAACGGAUUCUACAUUAGUGUCGGAUUCAGCUAUUGUUCAUCUUGACCAAUAGAGCUUCUUGCCUGUCAAGCCUGUAUGCUUAAACAUUUACAUUAGUGAUCGUUUGCCGCAGAUGAGAAUCGAUUGUCAAGAGCUUAAUAGUGUAUAAAGUUAAGAAAGGUACAGCCAGAGCGCAGAUGGCGUCAACAAAUAUAAGAGAUAUGAUCGAUCGACCGGAUCAUCCUAUGCUGAAGCGCGCCUUCAAUGAGAUCAUCGAAAUCGUCUGCCAUAGCGAUUCGAGUGGAAUGGCCCCUGUGGACGCUUGGUUCAAGCGGCUCAUAGAAGAAACGGUACCGCAUGGAAAGUGUAUUCGGGGUAUGUUAUUGUUGAGUACCUAUCAGAUGGUCGAAACGUCGUCGAAUACGGAAUCUCUCGAGUUGGCGACGAUAGCCUUCUGGCUCAUUGAAAUGAGUCAAGCGUUAGCGCUUAUCUUGGAUGACUUUGUCGAUCGCGCCCAAACGCGACGUGGUCGUGUCUGUUGGCAUCUUCGGGACGACGUCGGAUCGAUGGCACUUUACGACGUUUUUUUGCUCGAACAGGGCAUUUAUGAAGUGAUGCGUCGGCGUUUCAAGAACCAUCGGCACUACGUUGAUUUCCUAGAGCUUACACAUGAGAUAGCCCUAAUUACAAUUAAGGGUCAAAGCCUGGAUAUGCUGGCCGAACGAGGUCGCCUAUCGAGUGAAGAAGUGUAUAAGGAACUUAUUAACGCGAAAACAGCUUUGUACACAUUUUACCUUCCAGUCCGCUUUGGCCUGCUUCUUGCUCAUAAAGAUGAUUUCGCACUCCAUAUGAAGGUCAGAGAGUUCUCUUUGAAGAUCGGGUCAAUUUUCCAACAGCAGGACGAUUUUCUAGAUUGCUAUGGAGAUCCGAGCGCAACUGGCAAAAUCGGCACGGAUAUUACCGACGGAAAAUGCACAUGGUUUUACGUGACAGCAAUGAAAUUAGCAGAUGAAUCUCAGAGAAAAGUACUGGAGGAAAAUUACGGCCAGGGUAAACCGGGCGGAUCGGCUGAGUCGAAGGUAAAGGCGAUCUACGAAGAACUGGCGUUAGAAAGCCGUUUUCAAGAGUUUAUCAAUGAACAGUUUCACGAUGCGAAGGACUUCCUAGUUAAAUGCGAUUUCCCGUUUCUCUCGUUUGACUUAGCCCUGGUAGAAAUUGAAGGCCGUCCUCAACACUGUCGGACGGAUUCUUGGGUGCCCUUCGUAUGGCCACAGCUAGAAUUGGUCUAAUCUUUGGCGCUGCGAUGUCAUGUUCAUUGCUAAGGCGGCUUUUGCAUGAUCUAAAAGCGAGCCGCCUUCUUUUGAGCUACUUAAGUAUCAGCACCCACCCCGUUAUUAUUAUUAGGAAUAUUAGGAACCCAAAAACAGGACUCAGAGUUUACAUUAUAUGAAUCCCUUUAUAUAUGAAUAUGAUAAUCAAGACUGAAAUUAUAGGGCAAUUAUGCAUAAUUGUAAAAUGUUGAAUAGAUGUAACAACAAGUUGCUGCCUGUUGAUAACUGAUAAAGAAAGCAAAAAUCCAAAAAUGCCAAUUUGCUCAUCACAUUUUUAUGGGCUUAUUUUAAUAACUCUAUUAAGAAGCAAACAUUCGAAAUUAGAAUAAAAGGCUACGAUAUGUGAGUUCGAUUUCAUCUAAAUUUGUUUGUUGAUGCCAAAUGACGACUAUUUAUCCGUGGCCGUUUUUUAACAGAUGAGCAUGCAAGAAAAAAGCUUCCGAUAAGCUAAUCCUUAAACAUAGCAAAAAACUGCACAGUAAUUAGUGCAGUGGGCCCGUAGAUAUGCUUACCAGUGAUUUCUUUGGAAUACGUCGAUUAUAGAGAACGUGCCAAUGUACCAAAAGCUUGAAAAAUCGAACAUCAGCAUAAUCGUGUAAAGAAAAGCUAAUUUAGAAGACAAAGCGCUUCUUGCACUAGAGAUGCAUUCGUAUGCGAU